AUGGAUAGCAAAUCGGAAGCGACCCAUGUUGAGACCGCUCAUGGUCAUGUGACUCACGUUGUACCCAUCGAGCAAGAAGCCAACGAAGACGUCAAGCACGUCAAGCUUUCCUGGCGAUCAUGGAUGGUCGUCUUCUGUUGUUGCUUUGCUGUCAUGUCUCAGGUCUUUGUCGUAGUAGCUGCGGGCUCCGUCUUGUCCUUCAUCAUACGUGAGCUGGGACAGCCAGCGAUUGCGAGCUGGGUCAUUCAGGGCCCACUUCUCAUGCAAUCAGUCCUGUCGCCCCCAGUCGGCCGCCUCUCCGAUGUCUUGGACCGCAAGCUAUUCGCAACUAUUCCUCCGCUGAUUGCAUGCAUUGGCGCUAUCAUCUGCGCGAAAGCUACGAGCAUGUCCAUGUUGAUCGGCGGUGGUAUUCUCAUCGGCACGACACUUGCGACCAUCUCCAUUGUCCAAUCCAUCCCUUCUGAGAUUCUACCAUUGAAGUACCGAGCCUUGGCAAACGGACUUGCAGGCGUUGCCGGUGUCAUGGGCGGGCUGGUCGGUAGUCUAGCAGCUGGUGCAGUCACUGACCUCAGUGCCUCGGGAUGGCGAUACAUCUUCUGGAUCCAAGUCGGACUACAUGGCAUCACAUCGCUCGGCUUAUUCGCAUUCUACUGGCCCAAGAAACGUACCGACUAUUCCCGUAUGAGUUUCAACGAGUGGGUGUGGGCCUGCGACCCCAUCGGCUCCUUCCUUCUCGUCGCAGCUGCCACACUGAUGCUCCUCGCACUCAAUUGGGCAGGUGGGGUAUAUCCUUGGAGCAGUCCCCAUGUAUGCGCAAAUCUCGUCGUCGGUAUUGCUCUAUUCAUCGCCUUUUGUGUUUACGAAUGGAAAGGGAGGUCAGACGGCAUUGUCGCGCAUGUCUUCUUUUCUACUGGGCCCAACUUCUGGCUUUCCACGUUUGCUUUCGCGAUUGAAGGAUGGAUUUACUACUCCGCAAUCAAUUCCGUCACCCCUCAACUCAUCCUCAACGUCGGCUUCGAAGCCAGGGCUUGGAACAUUGCUAUUCGGCAAUUAUCUUUCAAGAUCGCGUCCAUCUUCACUUCGUUGGCAGUCACGUGGUGGGCAACCAGGUAUAAAGAUCUGAGUAAGCCGCCCUCUGUCCAAGCAGUUACAUCGCUGACAGAUGACCUAGAAUCGCCGCUCGCCGUCACCUUCGGCGUUAUGUUCAUAGCGUCCAUCUGCUUUGCCUUUAUCCGGCCUGGCUGGGACACUAACCAAAUCGUCUUCACAGCGCUGACUGGUAUUGGCUGUGCAGGUCCACUUACACUCCUAGUAGCAUGCGUCCAAUUCACAGCGCCUCACGCGUUUCUUUCUACCGCGACCGGUCUUGCGUUUUCGGCUCGCGCUAUCGGUGGUGCUUUCGGUACAGCAGUCAUCUACGCCAUAGUGAAUUCUCGUGUCGCAUCCCACCUUUCGGGUGAUAUCAGCUCUGCAGCCAUUACAGCCGGCUUACCUGCAUCCUCCGUUCCUGCACUAUUAGCUGGGAUGAAGGGUAAAUCGGCGUCAACAUUCAGAGGCACCGGAAUCCCCGGAAUGAAUGAACCCAUCAUCAACGCCGCAUGGGACGCAAGUCACUGGUCCUAUGCCCGUGCGUACAGACUGGGGUUCUGGAGCGUAGUUCCAUUCGUAGCACUCGCGACAAUCGCUGUACUUUGUAUGCGAGGAGUCAAGAAUCUCAUGACAGAAAGAGUAGAAGCGACAGUUGAGAGGGACAGCGAUGAUGAAAAAGAGAAGAUUGAAGGUUUAGGCAAGGCCUAG